CCGUCUUGAUUAAACAUGGAGGAGGCUGGUAACGAGAAGUUCCUAUCAAGAAGGCGUUCUGCUGCACUUAAAGCAUUCAAAGUUAAAGAUGAACGAGUGGCAACUUUUAAAAAAGUCGCGGCGAUUUUACAAAAAUCCGAAACAGACAGAACUGCAGAGGAAACGGGGAUACUUCUUUCCUGCAGUGACGUAGUGAAAGAGGUUAAUUUGAGACAAGAGAAAAGACAUAGAGUAAAGGCAAGAUUAGAAGAAGUGGAAGAUGCGCCAGAAAUCUUGGAGGAGAAGUGUAUACGGUUGGCUGCAGCAAUUAGCAGAGCAUCAUCAUUGGCUGUUUACACUGGUGCUGGCAUCAGUACAGCAGCUUCUAUUCCCGAUUACAGAGGGACGAAUGGAGUUUGGACUCGUUUACAGCAAGGAAAAGAUAUUGGAAAUCAUGAUUUAAGUCAGGCAGAGCCAACAUUAACGCAUAUGGCUCUGUAUGCCUUGUACAAGGCAAGAGUUUUGAAACACGUAGUAUCUCAAAAUUGUGAUGGACUUCAUUUACGUAGUGGAAUACCUCGUACCCUUUUAUCUGAAGUUCAUGGGAACAUGUACGUGGAAGUUUGUAGAACGUGCAAACCAUAUAGAGAAUAUUGGAGAUUGUUUGAUGUUACAGAAAAGACUGCUCGGUAUUCGCACGGUACUGGUAGAUUGUGCCAGAGAUGUAACUCUGUGUUGCAAGAUUCGAUUGUUCAUUUCGGUGAAAGAGGCAAUCUUCCAUGGCCAAUUAAUUGGAACGGUGCCACAAGAGCAGCGAAACAAGCGGAUGUUAUAUUAUGUUUGGGUUCCAGUUUGAAGGUUCUGAAAAAAUAUCCAUGGCUCUGGCAGAUGGACAGACCAAUUCAUAAACGUCCUUCUCUGUAUAUUGUAAAUUUGCAGUGGACUCCGAAAGAUGAAAAUGCAGUUUUAAAAAUAAAUGGAAAAUGCGAUGAAGUUAUGAAGAAAAUUAUGUCUCAUCUGGGAUUGGAAAUACCGCAUUACAAUCGUGCUAAGGAUCCAAUAUUUUUUCAUGCUAUACGACUUAAGAAUAACGAACAAUGUACGACAAGUCAGCCUUGCUUGGAAGAACCGUCUAAUGUCGCUCAUAAAGAAUUAACGGAAGUCACUGAUAACUAUCAGGAGGAUAUCGAACCGAAAACCAAAGAAGAGGAAGAUUGCAUCUCACCUAAAAAAAUGACUGAAUCUAUGUCUUCUUAUUCAGCGCCUUUUUUUACCGCGUUACCAUUUUUAUCCAUGGGCUUACCAUUUCCACCAAUGUACAUGUGUCCUCAGUUAACACCACUUUUCUAUUAUCCAUUUAUACAAAUCCCAGACGUGGCCAUAAACAUGCCAAAACCGAAGCCAGCUUGCACCUUUUGUAUGGAAAACGAGGGUUCGCUUACUUGCCUUUAUUAUCAAAGGGACACGGACAAUAUUUUAAUAGAAUCUGAGAGUAAGCAGAUAAAAGAUACGGAAACGCUGGUGAUCGAAGCCGAUUCACCGAUAGCACCGCCUAAAAAUCCAGGAUGGUUUGGCAAAGGGUAUCGCAAAGGCAUGAAGAAGAAGCGGUAGCAUUUGCUCUCACUGAUGCGGUAUAUAACUCUUUCCUUCUCUGUUAUAAUGCGAAUGUAUGACAUAUGAUAUAUAAUAAUACUUAUAUGUUUGAUGCCUCCAUAUCAUGAUGAAAUCUGCGAACAUGACUUACAAACGUGUAGCGGUUUAACUUCCAGUAUCGAAAAUUUGAAUAAUCAAAUUAAAAUCGUGACAAUAGUUUUUAAGAUCUAAAAAAAAAGCUCUAGGUAGUUUUAUCUUUUAUCAAUGGAACUUCCACAAGUAAAAUUUUAUAGUAAGUUAAUUCGGUGGAUAGUCAUAUCCGAUAAGUCUGAUUUCAAAAUUCUUCUCUUGUAAAUUUUCCUACAACUAAUUUCAUGUGAAACAUGUUUGAUUUACAGUCAUUACUAUACCGUAUAAGUCAAUUACGUUGUGAUUUUUAAUUGUAAGAUUUUAUUUAAGCAGAUGAGUGUUACGCAGAUCACGAUAAAUUCCUAGUAACCAAAGUGAUAAAUUUCAAUUACAUUUUGUGUAUUUUUACUGUUAGUUUUGUAUUUGUAUAGUUGAAUGUAUUAUAAUCUUCUUCUUUUUUUUUCUUCUUUUUCUUCUUAAAGAAAAUUGGAUUUAUAUUGUGUUGUACGUGUGAAACUUUUUGCAUUUUUCAUUGUAUUCAUUUAUCAUUCCACUUCUGUAAAUAUAAAAUAAGCGACCGUAACAUGGGUAUCAUGAACGUUACUAGACUGUUCAUAAAAGAUCUCAAAUCAAGAUUAUAUUAGUCUUUAUUUUACGUCGAUCGACGAAUAGAUAAGAAAAACGAUCAGUUUCAUACGCAAUUUCUCUUUUCUGGUUUUUGCAUGAACCAUUUAGGGAUACCCGUUCAGGGACAUUAGUAAAACUGCCUUAUUUAAUUUACGUCCUCUAAGUUCUAUCGUUGAAAAUUCAUUGAACGUGUCAGCUGAUCUGCCUUUAUUACGAGUUAUCUUACUAAGAUUAUGGGAACUAUAACUUGCUGCUUUUAAUUACCGUAAGACUGUUUUUAAAACGUACUAUUCAACUGACAACAAUGCUUCUUAUAAACUCUUUAUUUGAAUUCAUACAAAAAGAAAGGGAUGUUCAUACGAAAACAUAAAUUCGGUUGCAUUCCUCAAGUGAGAAUCGUCUAAAUUUCAAUUUUUAAAAUUGUUAAAUUUAAAAAAAAGUAUUACCAAUGUCAGGUAUUAUAUAUUAGUAUUCGUAAAUUGUUACUCUUAUUUAUAUGUUUAUUUAUAUGAACCAAUAAAUUUGUACUAAGAUAUUGUAAUAAGCCAUUGAAACAUGAUAAUUAUUAUUUUGUAUUUUUCAGUAAUCAUUGUAAGCGCUUAACAUAGUAAUCUAAUUUUAACGAAUGUGUCCAGUUGGUAUAUUUUUAAUUGCCGUUUCACCGAGCGAUACAUCCGAGCGCAGUUUAUCCGUUAACGUAUAAUCAAAAUGUAUAUACAAUGUAUGUUAUAUUAAUUCUUUCGUGCCUUCGGUCUAUUCUUAAUCGGUCUUUGAAAUUAUGCAAAGUUUUAACUGUCAUUCAUUUCUUACGUUAUAAAGGUAAGAUUUCAUUUUAUACGUUCGACAUUUUUUCUAUCAAUGCAAGGCGAAGCCAAUAAAUAAAGAAACAGACAAACACUAAUUAAACAAUUGAAAAUUAAUAUUUUCAGCGUUCAUAGUAAACGGCAGUGAAUGGCAGGUAGAAAGAAAGAGAGGAAUCAAAAUGGUACAGACGUAGGAAAGGUACACAGUGAACUCUCGCAUGUACAGGGUGUCGCGAAAGAAAUUCUCACCGCAAAAGAAAACACGUAAAUAUAUAUAGUUGAUUG